ACCACACCGCAUGUGCCUCAGUCGUGCUCAAUGUUGCUCAAACUGGCGUGCUAGCGAAAAUUGGACAGAAGCAGGCAAGAAAUGGUUAUUGUUCAUUGACGCAGACCGGUAGAAAUGUUUGCUCCUGAAUAGUCUGGCGCGUACAUACUGCAAUAAAUUUAGUGUUGCAUCCAUUUCCCUUUAGUUGAUUUUGCAAACAAAUUCUCAAUUUCAACAUGAAGGGUAUAGUUGAGGAUCCGACAGCCGAUGUUGCUGAAAGUGCGGGGUUUGGGUGUGCCGUGACAAACCGUUUUGGUCAGCUUUUAGACGACGAAGCUGAUCCCUUUGACAUCAUUCGUGAGGCCCAAGCUGAGAAAAAGAAAAAGAAGAAGGAAGAGGCUAAAAAACCUGCACCUAAACCAGUAAAAAAAGAAUCUCAGAAAGACAGGCGAGUUCCUGUCAGUGGCGGUGAAGGCGACAACUCGGCUCAGACCAAAACUUCUCAGGGUCAGAGGUUUCCUUCUCGUGGAGGAGGUUCGGGACCAGCAGAGGAGCGUGGCGAGAGACGCGUUGGUUUCCGGGACAGAAGAACCAACGACAAUGAGGCCUCCAUGGGAUUCUCUAUUGAAAGACCCGCGGAGCAGGGAGAGCGUGGUACCAGAGGCCGCGGUGGUGGACGAGGAGGAGGAGGACGAGGGAUGAGAGGCGGCGGCAGCGGCCAGUUCAGGUCCACGGAUGGGUUCGACCAGCGGGGCAAGCGCGAGUUCGAACGCCACAGUGGCAGCGAUAGAACUGGUGUCCGCCCUGAGGAGAAGAGGGGAGGCAGUGGCCCUCGUAACUGGGGCUCCAUGAGAGACCACAUGAGUGCGGCGGCCGAUGGAGCUCCGGCGGAUGAGGGAGCCGAGAGAGAGGAAGGGGCGGAGCCUGCUGACGCUGGAGCCAAUCCGUCUGCUGAGGGGGAGGCGGAGGCCGCGGAGCCCCCCGCAGUGGAGAUGUCCCUGGAUGAGUGGAAGGCCCUGCAGAAGCAGAGCAGACCCAAGGCUGAAUUCAACAUACGCAAGGCUGACACCUCUGUGCCCUCCGACUCUAUGGUCAUCCACAAGUCCAAGAAGGCUCUGGAGGAGCAAGCUGAGGAGGCGGAGGAGGAGUCUAUGCGUCGCCCCGCCAACGACAUCACCGCCAAGCUGGAAAUCAAUUUCGGCAGCCUGGGCCGCCCCUCCCGAGGAGCCAGGGGCGGGGCACGCGGUGGUAGGGGCCGCGGCGGGCCAAUACCCCGCCCCGACACAACCUCUCCCCAGAAACCUCCAGAGAAGCCCCGUGUCCAGACCCGGGUCCCCAACCCGGACGACCCAGAGGACUUCCCUGCCCUGGCCUGAGGCAGGGGGCCAGUGCUGGACCUGAGCCCAGUUUACAGGUGGCCCGGUCAUACCUGUACUGUGCCUUAGAGGGGUCUGCUGCACUUCCCACGAGGAGACAUAAAUUAGUGACGGGUUCGGCUCGUAUACAUCCCAAAGGACUGUUUAUAAAUAUCAGAGUUCCCUUCUGAGCUGUGUCGUUCAGAUCAAUGGCCUUUCAUUGCAUUGGGAAAAUAUGAAUACUUGACCUGUUUAUUAAAAAAAUAAAUGCACUGUU